UGUAAAACUUCGCUGCCCUCUUUAUUUCGCAGGCGAUUGAUUCAUUCAGGUCAGCUGUGCCCAGGCAAUCGGAUAAAACCACGAGGUCGCUAACUGCGGGACACAAUUGCAAUGAUUGAUCGGAGAGGUCAAGACAGAGGCAGAGCACUGUGCCACGGCACGCGAAUAUUGUAAAGCAAGAAGAGACGGGUAUACCUUAGCCGCCUGGAUUUAAAUACAUAAGCAAUGCCAGAUAAAGCAGCAGAGGCUCAGAAUUCAAUGUCACCGAGGGUCUCGUCGUUUCUCAUUGAAAAUUUGCUUCGCUCAAGCUGGGAUGAAACCUCGCGAUCGCGUGCACGCCACAACUCGGAGGGUGGCGGCAGAGAAAAGGCGCCGCGCACAGCAGCGCCCAACAGGCAAUGCAGCCAUGCACGCUGUCCACGGCUGAUGAAUCGUGCUGACCGUGAUUGCUCAUGUCCAAGGGAACCUUCGCCCGGCGGCGCUAGCGGAAAUCUACCAAGUCUGAAUCAAUAUCUAAACAGUUCGGAAGAACUCUCUGCUUCUCUAAUCCCAACCAAUGAUCGUGAUUCACCAUUUAUAUCUGAGGUAGAGGAAUGUAAUGAGGAAAUGGACUUAAACAGACGGCAAAUUCCUCUCGACGAACCGGCUUACAGUAGCAGCCGUACCUUUUACGAGCGAGACGGGCACCACGCUCCGGAUCAGAAGUCGGCUCGCAAGAAGAAGACGCGGACCGUGUUCAGCCGGAGUCAGGUGCUCCAGCUGGAAUCAACCUUCGACGUGAAGCGCUACCUGAGCAGCUCCGAGAGGGCGGGGCUGGCCGCGUCCCUUCGCCUUACCGAAACGCAAGUGAAGAUCUGGUUCCAGAACAGACGGAAUAAGUGGAAACGGCAGCUGGCCACGGACAUGGAGGCCGCCAGCAUUUCCCACUCUGCCCAGAGGACGUUCGGGGUCCCCAUUCUGUACCAUGAGGGCACGGUGCCUACAGGAUUUACCGUUGCGCCUGUGUCCGCUUCCCUAGUUGGAUUUUCACGCCCUUUGAAUAUUCCCUUUUCUCCUUUCACCCCUUCUAUGUCUUUCUUAAGGUCACAAAUGAUAGGGUUCGUAUAAAAAUGUGCGUGUUUAAAAAUCAGUGGGUACUUAUAAAAUCACCUACGUGCAAUAAUUCAUUGGGAUUAGCGUCUGUUCCUUACAUGUAAAACACUAAAUUUGUCAUAGGAAUGCAUCAUUUAAGGGAUGUUUGUUUUGUUCUACGAUAUUAUUUUCUCUUCGAGGUAGUGCAAAAAUAUCAAUGGUCUCACAUCCCAAAAGUAUUUGCUGUAUAUUGAA